CACGGCUCCCCCCCAGUAUGGGACAUUCUUACCUCUUCUAGUCUCGCUUCGAAGAUCCCUUUCCCCCAAGCCCCCCUCCCCCCCUGAUCCGGCCCCAUCCCCAUCUUCCCGCGGCUAACUAACGCCCGCACUUCUGAUCUCAUCGCCGCUCCCAGCUUCGACGUCGUCGCUCACAUGGCCACAUUGGGUUCUUUAGCAUCAUCUUAUUUCCAUCCCCGCUCUACCUACUGAGGGUCCUCUAACGUGUGCUCCACCUUUCCCCUUCUUCUCCUAGUCCUUGGAUCUGGGUCCUCACUCUUCGCCGCCUGGGCCAUUUCCCAACCAUCGUUAGCCUCUUCCAUCUCCCAUUAUCGGCCGGGACCUCGUUCCUUCUCCGCUUUCUUAUUCCGACCGCUUCUCAACCUGACCAUCGUCCUCAUCUCGUCCUACUAUUGUCACCUUGAGGUUGGUUCCAAUUCUCGCCCGAGAUGGGCAAUUCUCAGACAAAAGAGAGCCGGCCGCUUGCUUCGUCAAAUCGUCGUCAUCACCAUGGCCCAUACGGUGAUCGCCAUCACGCAGAUGGUUCCAGGUCGAACCGGGGCAGCAGACCUGAUCUGUCUAUCCUCGGAAUAGGCGGAAGCUCAGAACGAGAUCUGGCGACGCUUGAACACCGGCGAGAGACAAGGCAGGAACGAGAGGCUCGUAAGCUGGAGAAAGAGCGGGUAGCUCGACUCAAAGAGCGGGAGCGUAGUAUGAAGGAGGAGCAUGUCGAUGGUGGAUACCUGGUAACCCAAGGUGUCUAUACGGGUCCUGAGGAUUUCAAUAAGGCCGUAGUCCGACAGCUAAUGAUCGAACGACGACUGGCGCCAUUCUGGAGAGGUCUUAAUGACUUUUCCGACUCGUGGACGGAGCACCAGCUCAUGGCAGCGGCGCGUGGCCUACCGAUUCCCCCGCCCGACGAGAUCCCCCCGGAGCUGGAAUAUAGGAACCCCCCCAAAGCCGCGGAGGACGCAAAGGAGGCUUCGGAUUCGGCCGCGGUACAAUAUUUGAUGGUUCCUAUUACUUCGAGGUCCCAAUCCUAUGGUUCCGAUGCUUCCCAAUCAUCUACCCCCGCGCAUUCACUACCCUCCCCCACGUCUCCCAUCGCAUCCGGUACCUCAAGCUCACCUUUAUUCCGAACCCGGGCAAAGACUCUUGCAUCUCUGACGACACCUAAGCACGGUAUCUCGUCUGAUUCAGCUUCACGAGAGAUUCAGUUGCCUCGCGAUCCUUUUGUUAACGGUCAACCCAUUGAAGCAUAUCUUUAUAAAGAUGCGGCUGAGUGUCCUAUCUGCUUCUUGUACUAUCCCCCGUACCUAAAUCGUACGAGGUGCUGUGAUCAGCCAAUAUGCUCAGAGUGUUUCGUUCAAAUCAAACGCCCCGACCCUCAUCCACCGGAGCAUGGAGACGCGAACCCGGAUUCUGCCCCAGCUGAUGGUGGUGAACACCCCGAAAGUCAGGAUUGUCAGCUAGUGUCAGAACCUUCGGCAUGUCCGUUUUGCGUCCAGCCAGAAUUUGGGGUGACCUACGCGCCCCCGUCAUUCCGUAGAGGGCUGGCUUAUGCUUCUGAUCCGAGCUCUCGGCCCAAUAUCACUUCUCCGCUGUCGUCUACGUCUUCCUUAUCUUCCGGCAAUACCCCUGUCACAGGCCGUCGACGCGCGACUUCGUUAUCUGCAAAUGAUCCUACGGUGAUUACGACCGAUAGGAUCCGUCCGGACUGGGCUCAGAAGCUGGCAAAUGCCCGAGCUCAUGCUGCGCGGCGGUCUGCGGCAGCAACCGCCCUUCACACUGCCGCUUAUCUAAUGCACUCUAAUGGAACUGGAGGUGAUUCCCGAAACUUUGGUCUCGGGAGAAGAAGCGUUAUGCGGAGAAACGGCGCGCCAGAAGCCCAUAAUGCCACUGCCCGCACCGGGUCCCCGGCGCUGCAGGCUCUUGCGUUUCUGACGGAUAGGCGUGGAGCUGGUCACGAGACCGACUCUGCAGAAGAGGGGCCUGGUAACAUAGCGCCCCCACGCCACAGCUCGAGGCGUAAUCGCAUUGAUGAUCUAGAAGAGAUGAUGAUGAUGGAGGCAAUCAGACUCAGUCUAGCCAGUGAGGAGGAGCGGCGCAAAAAGGAGGAGAAGGAGGCCAAGAAGGAGGCCAAGAGAAAGGAGAAAGAGGCCAAAAAGGCGGACAAGGUUGCACGCAAAAUCGGGCUAACGAGUAACAAUGCGAGCAGCUCCGCCUUGGACGUGCCUCCUGAUGGGAGGCUGGGAAGGGUCACCAGCAGCUCCUCUUCCAUUGCCGAUGAAGCCGCAUCUGCCCGCAAGGGUAAGGAGGUGGAUCGGGCAUCACCAAUUGCACCUGUUGGUGUACUCCCUGCCGGUUCCAGUGCUGCGGUCGAGGGUGUCCAGUUCCCCUCAGUGUCGAUAGCCCCGGUCGAUCAACCGCCGUCCAUGUCACCCUCCCCAAUCGUCCAGUCCUCAUCCAAAGAAAUUACGAGGCCGUCGCAUCUUCGGCAUGUCUCCAGUGCGUCCUCCUCGUUCUCGUCACUGGUUGAAUCGAUGACCGAAGAUCCUGCGGGGCCGCACGCCUCGGCUGAAGGAGCAGGCCCCUUUGCGGAGCCUCUGUUCAAUUUCCGAAGUCUGGCUGCAGUGAUUGGCGAUGAAGAAAAGGGUGACGAAGUUCCUGAGUAUGUGGAGGGAACGACCUCAAGGUCGAAUGCAGAGGGGUCCACCUCACAGUCGGUUCACGCCGCGGCAGAUGCGUCGUCUUCCGAAGCAGCGACCACCGGAGCAGCCGGUGUACCAGUGGAGGAGGAGCACUGCAAUAGCUUGAUGCCUAAAGAGCUAGAGGCACAAUCCGUUGAGAUCACUGGUGCCACACAUGAUAUGGAAACUACGUCUUGAAGCAGCGACCGCUGCGUUCAGAGGCUAUUGAGUGUUCUCCGCCCGUCUCUUAUUGAACCUUCUUGUUGUUGAAUGUUACUGCUCCCGGCAUACGGGGAUGGGACGCAACGGAUGUGCAGGCGUGCAAGGCCUUCGGGGUGGAAAAUGUGAUGAUGAUACGCUCCUUUACAAUUGUUUUCCCCCUUGGUUGUGAUGACUGGGACGCACUUUGUAUCUUUCCUUAUAUAAAUACAGUUGCAUAGACUUGCUUUGGCCGUCAUUUCCCCUUUUAUUCUAUUAUAUAUGCUAGGGCCGGAGAGUAGGCUGGUUGGUGGAGGGGGAUGUAUUAAGCAUAUGGUUUGGGCCGAAGAUUGCUACAGGGUGGAUGGAUCGGUUGAAUAUCAGGGUUGGAAUACUACAUAGUAG